AGCUCUCUCGGCGGCGGAGGCGGUUCAUCUUAUCGCCGGCGGCGAUCUCCUUCCUUAACGACCCACCCUCUCCCUAUCGCUCUCCACGUACAGGAGCUAAGAGUCGGUCGGUAGCCAUGUCGUCAGACUUCACUCUAUCCUCGCCGACUCGCCGCGAUCCAGUUCCCAGUUGUUACGGAGAAUUUUGCAUUAACGACUUUGCCAGACUCAAGGCAUGUGACGAUCCCGCCACUAUACAAGCAUACCAGCAGUUUUGUGAUUCUUGGCUUGCUGCCGCCAAGCACCAGGUCAGCCUGAGGCCCAAGUCGCCAUCCCCUGAGGAGCAAUCGAAACGCAAAGAAGAGCGUCAUCGCAAGGGCUUGCUCAUAGCGCUCAACACAUAUGCCAAGCGAAACAAUAUGCAGCUUGCUGAGUUUGAAUUCGUUGAAGAGAAAGAGAGGAAUCUAGUUGAUGGACGCCUAGGAGGAUAUGUGCACUCCAACUUUAUGGUGAAAGGUGUAGAUGACACACCAAUUCUCUUCUUUGCUGAACUGCAUCCUGUUUGCAGCAAGGAGGAGCAUGUUGUUAUCUGCACUCCUCUGGAAGAGAACGACUCGGGUCAUUGUUUUGGGUGUGAUAAGCGAGCGAAGAAGCUUAGGCACCCUACAGGCGGUGGCCACUUGGGUGGGCUGGAGGAUGUGCCUUUUUAUCGCAUAGAGGAGGAUAGUGACGAUGAGUGUUUUAUGUAAGGGAGAAUCCAUCGAGCAACAGAUAGCUACAAACUUGUCUAGGCACAAUGCUAUCAUAAGCAAGCUAUGUUACAAUAGUGCUUUUGUAACAAGAGGCUGCGGGAGUAAAGCAUGUAAUGUUAGCGGAAAUGCAAU